CUUAUGCUUUUUGGCCCCUGUUUGCACACAUUCAUACCAGAUUUACUGAGCCUCUCACAGUAUUAUUUUCCCUCUUGCAGCUAAAGAGAGAUUAGUCAACUGAGCAGAGAUGUACCUCCUGUCUCUCCUGCUCAUUUGCUACUUGGGCACCAUUACCGCCCACAACCCUACCCUGGAUAUCUGCAUAGCCAAACCCAAAGACAUCCCUCUGAACCCCAUAUGUGUCUAUCGGAAGCCUCAGGAGGAGUCAGACAUUGAGGAGAAGCAGAAAGAGACAAAGAACCCUGAAGAGAAGACUCCAGGUGCAACCAACCGUAGGGUCUGGGAGCUUUCCAAGGCUAAUGCCAGGUUUGCCAUUGAUUUCUACAAAAAGCUGGCAGACUCCAAAUCAGAUGCAGAGAACAUUUUUAUGUCACCUCUCAGCAUCUCUCAGGCUUUCACUAUGACCAAACUUGGUGCCUGUGAUAAUACCCUGGAGCAGCUUAUGAAGGUUUUCCGUUUUGACACCAUUUCGGAGAAAGCUUCUGAUCAAAUUCAUAUUUUCUUUGCAAAACUUAAUUGUCGCUUGUACAGAAAAGCUAACAAAUCUUCAGAGCUAGUCUCUGCCAGCCGCCUCUUUGGUGAAAAGUCAUUAAACUUUAAUGAGACGUAUCAAAACCUAAGCGAGAUUGUUUAUGGAGCCAAACUGUGGCCUUUAAACUUUAAGGAAAAGUCUGAGCUGUCACGUGACAUAAUCAAUAACUGGAUUGCAAAUAAAACUGAAAAUAGAAUCACCAAUGUGAUUCCAGAGGGAGCUAUAACUGAAGAUACAACACUGGUUUUGGUGAACACCAUCUACUUCAAGGGCCUUUGGAAAUCAAAGUUCCAACAAGAAAAUACAAACUUAGAACAAUUUCACAGGAAAGAAAAGCCCUGCACUGUCCCCACUAUGUAUCAGGAAGGUCUAUUCCGUUAUGGCUCCUUUCCAGAUGAUAAAGUGCAAGUCCUUGAGUUACCCUACAAAGGGGAUGAUAUCUCAAUGGUGUUAGUACUGCCAUUUCUAUCAACUUCUCUAAAGAAGGUUGAGAAAAAUCUAAAUUUGGACAAGUUAGGGGAUUGGCUGCACCAAAGUCGCGAGGUGCAGGUAUCUGUCCAUCUACCCCGAUUUCGAAUUGAUGACUCCUUUAGCGUGAAAGAAAUGCUACAAGAGAUGGGACUUGUAGACCUCUUUGACCCAAACACUGCAAGAUUACCAGGAAUCAUUGCAGGGGGGAGAUCUGAUCUCUAUGUUUCAGACGCAUUCCACAAGGCAUUUUUAGAGGUAAAUGAGGAGGGUAGCGAAGCGUCUGCAGCCACUACUGUAUUAGUGACAGGACGUUCCCUUAACCUCAACCGGAAUGUGUUUAAAGCCAACAGGCCCUUCCUGGUCUUUAUUCGGGAGGUCGCUAUAAAUGCCAUUAUAUUUAUGGGAAGAGUAUCAGAUCCAAGCACAGAGUAACUAGUUCCAACAACAGCUUGAAUACCAAAAGCACAAACUCAUAUUUUAAAUAAAUAAUGAAAACCGAAAAAAAAAACAUAUUACACAAUUUCAUAACAAUAAAUGUUUGUUUCAAUGUACCAAGUUGCUGAUUUCUACCCAAGCAAUUGUCUGAUUUCUGUUAUAUACACACAGACACACAUUUUAAAGGGACAAUGUAUUUAAAAAUUUGCAUGCCCUAAUUUAAAGGGAUACUAAACCUAAUUUUUUUCUUUCAUGAUUCAGAUGGUGCAUGCAAUUUUAAGCAACUUUCUAAUAUACUCCUACUAUAAUUUUUUCUUAGUUCUCUUGCAAUCUUUAUUUGAAAUAAUAGGAGUCUAAGCUAAGGAGUCGGCCCAUUUUUGGUUCAGCACCUUGGUUACGCUUGCUGAUUGGUGACUAACUAUACCGACCAAUCAACAAGUGCUAUCCAGGGUCUGAACCAAAAAUGGGAUGGCUCUUUAGCUUAGAUUCCUGCUUUUUCAAAAAAAGAUAGCAAGAGAACGAAUACAAAUUGAUAAUAGGAGUAAAUUAGAAAGUUGCUUAAAAUCGCAUGCUCUAUCUGAAUCAUGAAAGAAAAAAUGUGGGUUUAGUAUCCCUUUAAGAGCAUGCCAUUUUAGAAAUACUCUUACAAAAGGGUUAAACACAUACAUACAGUACUGCUAGUCUCUACUCUGGAGCCAUAGAUAACUGCCAGCUCAGUCAUUUUCUGAGGCUACCGAGUGGUACUUUAACUAUGUGUUUUUGUGGGCUUAAUGUCAUAGACUUUAAUCUCGGGGUUAGUAGUGAUUAUAUGUUACAAUAUAAUAUGCUUUAUGAAUUAGAGCAUCUCAUUUUUACAAUACAAUGUCCCUUUAAAUGCAAUUCUAGAAUUUUGGAAAAAACAGCUGAUGAGUUUGCCUUAAAGAGAGGAUAUACUGGUUACAUGCAACAGAAAAGGGUUUUUAUGUUUAUAAAUGAAAGAAUGCAAGUUCUGAAAUCUAAAUAACAGAUUAAACAUUUAAGAUGUAGAAUAGUUUUUAAGGCUGUAUUACUUGAAAACAAAUAAAGUUACAGUAUUACCUA